AACUGUCAGACAUCAUCAUUGAUCAUUAAUGUGUUCGUUGUUGUAGUGAAAUGUUUUUCGGGUGGAACCAUAGCUAAAUUGCAAACGUCAGUCAGAUUCCUUUUGAAAACAUUGGACCGCAAAUAAAUUAUUAAAAUAUUUUAAUAAAAUGUCGCGAAAUAAUACGGCCCAAGGCGGUGGAUCCUCUGUGCAAACAUACAAAUUAGUAAUUGUUGGAGGUGGUGGUGUUGGAAAAUCGGCAUUAACAAUACAGUUUAUUCAGAGCUACUUUGUAACUGACUAUGAUCCGACAAUUGAGGACUCUUAUACCAAACAGUGUGUUAUCGAUGACACCCCAGCAAAGCUAGAUAUUUUGGACACUGCCGGUCAAGAGGAAUUCAGUGCUAUGCGUGAGCAAUAUAUGCGCUCUGGUGAAGGUUUUCUGCUUGUGUUCGCUCUCAACGAUCAUUCCAGCUUUGAUGAGAUACCGAAAUUCCAGAAGCAAAUUCUACGUGUCAAGGAUCGUGAUGAAUUCCCCAUGUUGAUGGUUGGUAACAAAUGUGAUUUGGAACAACACCGUCAAGUGUCACUGGAAGAGGCACAAAACGUAAGCAGAAAUCUCAUGAUACCGUACAUCGAGUGCAGCGCCAAGGCGCGUGUUAAUGUGGAUCAAGCAUUUCAUGAGCUUGUGCGCAUUGUGCGGAAAUUCCAAUUAGCCGAACGUCCAUUCUUAGAGGAGAGCUAUAAAAGGAAAAGCAAGCGAAGAUGUUGCGUUUUGUAAUGUGAUAUUAGGCAACAGUUAACAGCUUUGCAGAAAUAAUGAUUGGAAGACGGUACAUGAUUUUUCGAAGAUUACUAAUUUUCGAUAUCGAAGUGGAAUUGACGAAAAAGCUGCCAAUAAACUGAAUUACAUAAAAAAUACUUAUUCUAAAACAUGAAAAAAGCCACAAACAGAAAAAUGUUACGCUAAUUAUAUAAUUGCGUAGCACACCAGUGUAACCCCGAGAAGCAGCAAACAACAACGAUACAUGUGUGCAAUACAAGCGAAGGCGAAAGUUUUCAGCGUACCACUUGAAAACUUGAAAAAUCUGUUUGUACAUGCAACAAGCAAUAGUUUAUGAUAAUACAUUUAGUGAAACGCUACAUUUAUUGUACAAAAACGAAAUUCUAAUGCAAGCCACCAGAGUCCAUAGUAUACACCUAAUAGAGCAGAGUGGUAAGCUAAUUAUGUAUGUGCUUUGCCACUAAAUCAACGAAAAUAUCGAAUACCGCCAAAAAUAUUUAAUGUUUUUUUAUUAAUCAAAUUAAUAAGUCAGUGAAAAACUUGUUAACCAAAUUUAUGCUAAACGCUAAAAAAUCAAAACACCAAUUAAAAUUUUAUACACAUACUAUACUAGUAAGGAAAUAAAUAAAUAAAUAAAUAUAUAUAUGUUUGUGAAUUUUAUAAACUAAUUACAUAUGUACAACGACCAGACGUCGGGCGAUUAAAAUGUUUAACAAAUAAGUAUGUGAGUUUUGUAUUUAAUAUUAAAAUAAUAGUUUAUUCAUUAAGUGAUAAAAAUUGCAUUGCGAAAAUCGUUACGAUUAUGCCAAAAGAGAUUUGUAUUUUUAUGCUUAAUAUUGAGACACCAUUGUUUGCUAAUUAUUAUCGAAAGAAAAUUGUAUAAAUAAAAAAUUCAAAAUGUAAAACAUUGUUAAUCAAAUCGAUAAAUUAUUAAAGAGAAACAAAAACAAAUAUUAACUAACAGUUAAACGAAACAAAUAAAAUUUUGAGUGCCUACGUUUUUAUAUGUACAAAUGUAUGUAUGCGUAUAAUGUAUGUAAGCGCAAACACAGCCAAAUAUAUAUACAAAUAUUCGGUUCGGUUGAAACUGCUGAAUAACCCACAUAUUCUAAAAGUCUAAAAAUAAUAAGACUACGUUGUAUUGAGGAAUGCUAAAAUUUGCAAUUUGCCAAGAGUUAUAUUGAAAAGUUAAAUCUCAAGAAAUGUUUCCAUUUCUCCCCAAAACAUUGCAAACGAUAAAAAUGUACGCUUUUUUUGCGAACAAAUGAGUUGUUUGCAUUUUAUUUACGCAAUAUAUUGUCUUAUAAUUUCAAAUAUUUGUCAUACACUCUGUCGCUAAACUCAUACACUGAUAUUUACAUAUCUGAAUCGCACAAACCACAUACAGGCAAUGUACACGCACAAAUAUGUAUACACAUUUGUAAGCGUCAUAUUGAAGGUGAUGCCUAUUUUUCGCUAAUAUAGUAUAACUGCAUGUUUGCUUAUGCAUAUGUAUCUGUGUAUGUGUGUGCAGCAAAGGUUGUUUGCACUUAUGCAAUAUGCUUAAAAAGAAAAAGAAAUUUUUAAUUUCGAAAAAGAACAAGCGAGUACUGCAGCAUUUUCGAAUGGCAAAUAUAAAUUUCAAAUUCACAGCAAUUGACUUAAUACAACAAACAAAAACAUACAUACAUACAUACAUUAUGGUACGUAUAAUACUAAUUAAAUAAAAUAUUUUAGCGUUAUAUUUACAUGUAUACAUUUAUGUGAAAAAAAAAACAAAUAAAUUUAAUAAAGCAAGGCCUAAUUUUUGUAAAACAAAAA